AUGGUAUCAAAGGUGAAGAGAGCCCCAAUCAAAUCAAUAAAGAAUCGUCGUUGGCGUCGGAAAACACCCAUAAAAAAUGUGGUGGCGGCGUCCUCCGCCGUGCUGGCCUCCAUCCACCGUCGCAUCACAAAACUCUUCUCCAAAUUAGCACGCCUCAGCACCACCCACAAGAAAACCUCGUACAAAAUCCUCAAAAAGACAGCCUCAGAUUUCUAUUCCCAACAAGAACAACAAUCCUUAGACGCCAUUCGUCGAACCCUCGUCUUCGACAACGUCAACGACCCACCGCUCCUUCCACCCUCUCUCUCCCCUCGCAGAACCGUUUUCCUUGACCUCGACGAAACCCUCAUCCACUCCAAGGCCUCGCCACCGCCGGAGCACUUUGACUUCGUCGUCCGGCCGGUGAUUGACGGCGAGGUGAUGGAUUUCUACGUGCUGAAGCGCCCCGGCGUCGACGAGUUUCUGGAAUCCCUCGCGAAAAAGUUUGAGGUGGUGGUGUUCACCGCUGCGCUGAAGGAGUACGCGUCGAUGGUGCUGGACCGGCUGGACCGGAACCGUUUCAUCUCGCACCGGCUUUAUCGUGACUCGUGCCGCAACGUCGAUGGGAAGUUCGUGAAGGACUUGUCGGAAAUGGGUAGGGAUUUGAAACGGGUCGUUAUCGUUGAUGAUAACCCGAAUUCUUACGCGAACCAACCCGACAACGCGAUUCCCAUUCGGCCUUUUGUUGACGAUCUUUGCGAUCGGGAGCUUUGGAAAUUGAGGCACUUUUUCAAUGGGUCUGAUUGCUAUGACGAUAUGAGGGAUGCUGUUAAGCACUACGUCACUGUGCAACAGCAAUUUUCCUACGACCAUUGUUUCCCUUCCAUUGGUUGUCAGCUUGUGACAAAUUCUGGUCACCCUGUCUCUCUCUACUUUGUUAGUGGACUUUUGUGCUCGUCAUUGCCACCCUCUUUUAGGAAAUCCCUAGAUCGUCCCAUCUGCCAUGUCUCUCAGACACACUUUAUCUAUGUUCCAGCUGCUGUCAGCAUUGGAUCUCCUGUCCAAACACCAUCACUUAUUAAAGUGAAGGCAUGA